AUGAUGGCAUCCCACACUACUCUUGAAGUGAAAUUUUUGGAGCUUCUAGAGGCAAAGCAAAGUCUCCAAACCUCACGCCCCAAGAUCCAAAAGGUUCCACAGUAUCUCCGAAAUGGAAAUAAAUUCGACAAGCAUUACUCACCCAAGUCGGUGUCAAUAGGUCCCAUCCUUCAUGAUAAUCAAAAUCUCAAAUUAGGAGAGAACUAUAAACUUAUCUGGGCAGCAAAAUACAUCCGAAACACUCAAUUCAGUCCAGAAUUUCUACACAAAAAGAUUUUCGAUAACAUUGAUGAACUCAAGGUUCUUUUUGCCGAGGAUGUUUUAGCUUUAGCCAGUACCGCAGAGUCUCUAAAAGGCUUCCGCAGUCUUGAAGAAAAGCUGUCGUGGCUGUUGUUCGUGGAUGGAUGUUUUUUACUCUAUAUUUUGGACGUCAAAGUGAAUAGAAUAUUUGAUGAUCAACAUGAUAAUCAGGAAGAUAAUAUUAAGUUUGAUCAACUUUUUCUUCUUCUGAUGACGGAUGUGCUUUUGUUGGAGAAUCAGCUUCCUUUUCUAGUACUGAAGUUGUUGUGGAAAAAUGACAAAGAGAAUGAAUUGAUAGAUACUAUGAUGAACUUUCUCACAUAUUAUCAUUGGGCCGUACGAGAUAUUCAAGAUAAAUUAUCGAAUGAGUCACAACCACCAACUCAUCUUCUUGAUCUUCACCGUAAAAUGAUCCUCACUACAUCUAAUCACAAGACGAAGAAACGUGUGAAAUAUUCAAAAUCAAAACAAGGAACUCGGAAAGCAGACAGGAACAUCGAAGAUCUAAGAGCAUCAGGAGUAAAACUUAAAUCAAGCGGGACAGCAAGGCCAUCCGACAUACAUUUCCGAGGGGAUGGGUUUUCUGCGCAAUUGACUCUUCCUGAGAUUUUUAUGGACAAUAUUACAACUUCUUCUUUCCUGAACCUGAUAGCAUAUGAGAUGUGUCCAGAUUUUAAGAACGACUAUGGAAUAACUUCAUUUGCGGUUUUCAUGGACUCGCUCAUUGACCAUGCGGAAGAUGUGAAGAUAUUGAGAUCAAAAGGUAUUUUGGUGAAUUCACGUCGGAGUGAUGAGGAAGUUGCUGAUCUUUUCAACAUCAUAAGUACUGACUUGAUAUUUAACCCAGAAACAUAUUUUGAAGUUAAAACUAAAUUACAAGAGCAUCACUUUAAUAAAUGUAAGAUUUGGUUUAUGGAGGGUUAUCACACUUAUUUCAGCAAUCCUUGGGCUAUCAUUGGUUUCCUUGGUGCGUUUAUUGCACUUUCUCUCACUUUCAUUCAAACAUGGUUUUCCGUUUUCCCACGCUAG